AUGGGUCGCGAAGAUCAGAUCGAAGAGCGCGAAGUGCUCGACUCCAUUUUCCCCGAGGAGAUCACAGAUAUUUCUGACACUUCCUAUCGGAUAUCGAUCGUCCUGGACCCCCCCGACAAUGACGUCGAAGAGCUCGAGCCGCCAGUCCUGAAUCUGCACGUGUCAUACCCGGAAGACUAUCCGGACGUUGCCCCGGAACUUGACAUCACCGCGGCCCCCAAUGCACCGAAACACCCCCGACUCGAUGUCUCGGAGGACAAGGACCGGCUGCUCGAGGCGCUGCAGCCGACCAUCGAAGAGAACAUGGGGAUGGCGAUGGUGUUCACGUUGGUGAGCGCGCUGAAGGAGAGCGCCGAGCUGCUUAUGGCGGAGCGGGUCAAUGCCAUCCACGCGGAGCGCGAAAUGGAGGCGGCCAAGCGCGAGGAGGAGGAGAACCGGAAGUUUCAGGGCACGGCGGUCAACCGGGAGACGUUCCUGGCGUGGCGGGACAAGUUCAUGAAGGAGAUGGAGGACGAGGAGAAGAGGCUGCGCGAGGAGAAGGAAGCCGAGGACAAGAAGGCGCAGAAGAAGGCGCCCGGGAAGGAGGAGAAGAAGCUCACGGGCAAGCAACUGUGGGAGCGCGGUUUGGCUGGCAGAGCAGACUUUGAUGAGGACGAGGAGGAUGCUAUGCCCGCUGCUGUAGAGAAGAUGAAGAUCGCCGCAUAG